AUACUGCUUUACUAACUGAUGUUGAUCUAGAACUCGUUAUUUUUCGUUUUUAAAAAAGAUUAACACAACUUUUGAGAAGCAAUGACUGAUCGAUUAAACGUGUGUAUUAUUGGCUCUGGCAACUGGGCCACGACUAUUGCACGGAAUGUGGGCCUCAAUGUGGCCAAUUCCCAGUUGAUGGAGCCUAAGGUAAAUAUGUACGUAUACGAGGAGUACAUCGAUGGCCGAAAGUUAACAGAGAUCAUCAAUACCACGCAUAUCAAUGUCAAAUAUAUGCCAAACUUUGUACUGCCGCCGAAUGUGUUUGCAUUGGAUGAUGUGGUAACAACAGCACGUGAUGCUGACAUUCUGAUCUUUGCCAUACCACCAACAUUUGUGAGCAGUUGCUGCAAAACUCUGCUGGGCAAGGUGAAGCCCCUGGCUCAUGCAGUCUCGCUUAUAAAGGGAUUCGAGCGCGGUGACGACGGUCAAAUCCUUUUGAUAUCUCAUCUCAUAAUGCGACAGUUGAAGAUACCCUGCUCGGUGCUAGUAGGUUGCAAUCUGGCUCAUGAGAUUUCCAAUGGCAAUUUUGCAGAGGGCACGAUCGGUUGCCGGGAUCAGAAAUAUAUGCGCAUACUGCAGGAUAUAUUCAAAUCGGCUACGUUUCGUGUGGUCGUCACAGACGAUGCUGACUGUGUCGAAAUCUGUAACUCUCUAAGGAAUGUCAUUGCAUUUGGCGCUGGCUGUGCAGAUGGGAUGGAAUUAAAUGAGAACACCAAAGCUGGUAUUAUAAGACGUGGGUUUCUGGAGAUUUUACAAUUUGUGGAUGUGUUUUAUCCAGGCAGUCGCUUGGCCACUUUCUUUGAAUCGUGCGGUUUGUCGGAUCUGGUUACCAGCUGCUAUGCCAAUCGCAAUCGCAAGCUGGCUGAGGCUUUUGUCAAAACUGGGCAACCAUUAAGCGAGCUGGAGCACAUUCUCGUUCCAGGGCAUGAACCCUUGGGCCCCAUUACCUCUGAGCUGAUACAUAUUAUGCUGAAAAAGAAAGGACUUGAAGACAAAUUUCCACUUUUUACCACUAUUUAUCGCAUAUGCACAGGCGUUUAUCCACUUUCUCGCUUGGUGGAAACUCUGCGCUUUGCGCGCGAGGACAUCUAUCAUCCCAAUCACAUUUUCCAGCUGUAAAAAUUAAAGCUUAUCCGAUGAAAAUUCACGUGUAUAUUUUUUGUUAAUGUCAAGCUUCAAUAAAACAAAAUUUCACUUCA